AUGGCAAACCUUCCUGAAUCUCAUGUUAUAGCUUAUGAACCAUCAUUCAGUAGAGUAGGAGUGGACUAUUUUGGGUCAUUCUUAGUAAAGAAAGGACAUUCCAAGAUGAAGAGGUAUGGCUGUAUAUUUACAUGUUUUGCCACAUGUGCCAUACACAUUGAAGUAGCAUUUUCAUUGGACACAGAUAGUUUUAUUCAUGCGUUAGAAAGAUUUAUAGCAAGGAGAGGAGAACCUAAAGAAAUCUGGUCAGAUAAUGGCAAAAACUUUGUUGGAGCACAUCAAGAAUUGAAGACAGCUAUCCAGGAAUGGAAUCAAGACCAGAUUCAUGCUCAUUUAUUGAAGAAAGAAAUAGACUGGAAGUUCAAUCCACCAGCUGCAUCACACAUGGGUGGAGUGUGGGAACGACAAAUACGGACCAUUCGAAGAGUGCUGUCAAGUAUGAUCAUAUAG